GAGAGUGUAUAUAUAUAAUGUAUAUAUGUAUGUAUAUCUAUAUAUGUAUGUGAUGGAAAAAUCUAUUAAGGUCUCAUCAUAAAACUGCUCCCCAAGUGCCUGCAGCGCCGUUAAAACAAUCUAAACAUGUGACAGUGAUCUGACACACAGAGAUGAAGCACUCCGCUAAUGGACAGAUGCGGUUCAGCUCAAGCCGAAAGGGGGCGCUGUUGAGUUUUGAAACCGCAUGUCCGCGCGCAUGUACGGGCUUCCCGACCACGUUUUGUGGGACAGUGGAGAAAAAAAAAAUCUAAUAAAUCAAUAUAUUCACAUUAAAACAAGAUAAAGACGCGUACUCUGUGGAAACCAUAUGGCCAUUUUAAUUGCUUUAGUAGUUGCAUCUGUCGCUAAUAUAUGCGUCGUGCGUUUUUUUUUUUUUCUGUCCAAUAUGCCUAAACAAAUUACUAAUAACCUAUUAUUAAAGAUUUUAGUGGGAUGCCUCAACCGAUAACGUAAUUAAAACAUUACUUGCAUGACAUUUAUAGACUUUCAUAAAUGAUUUCGUUUAAGACAUAUCAACAAUAUAGUCCUUUAAACAAGCAUUAAUAGCUUAAGUGUAAAUAAUCGUUUUAAGGUUAUUAAUAUGCCUAUAUCAUGUAUAAAUCAUUAUGAUUGCAUACUGUUAGAACGCUUGAUUUUAAACAAUAGGCAAUGUGGGGGGAAAUACAAUGAAUGAAAAGAUGCUUUACCUGCUUUAAAUAGCAUAAACAAAAUCAUUGUCCAUAAAGAGUUAAAGUCGUCGUUUAGCUCUCUGUCAGUUCUGACAGUUCGGAAAACUUUUGUUUCUUCUCUAGUAUGUAAAUUGACCGUCGGAUUCAGGGAGCCUAUUGGCUACGAGUCCGAGUCAAUUUCGCAUUUCAAACCUGACGUCAGGGCGGCUAUAAAACUCAGCAUUGCUUUUAUACUCCUAUGCUCGGUGAUCCUUUAAAAACUCUAGAACAAGCCCGGAGUACUUUUUUUUUUUUCCCAGCCAAGCAUCCAAUUGCCAAUCACAUACAUGUUACGGUCUUCAUUUCAACGAAACUAUUGAAAAAAAAGGGGCGCCACGCAGCCAUGCAGUGUUAAAUGUUUGCAACUCAAACGCGUCGACACUCGCGCACAAAGAGAGAGGAACUGGAGACGCGCGCGCUCCUGCGUCUGUUGCGCGAAAGGCGAAAAGGCGUCAAUUUAAAAAAAUAAAUCGGCGCCGGCGAACCCUUUUCUCCGCUUUUGAAGAAUUAAAUAAAGAAAUCAAGCUGGCUCACGCUGUCUCGAACCCGACCACUUUGACAGCUGCUCUUCACCCCCUUUGGAGGACUGUCAACAGCAAAAGGAUGGCAUCAGAACUGGCAAUGAGCAGCUCCGACCUGCCCACCAGUCCCCUGGCCAUGGAAUAUGUUAAUGACUUCGAUCUGAUGAAGUUUGAAGUGAAAAAGGAGCCGGUGGAGCCCGAUCGCAGCAUCAGCCAGUGCAGCCGCCUGAUCGCCGGGGGAUCCCUGUCUUCCACCCCGAUGAGCACGCCUUGCAGCUCGGUUCCCCCUUCCCCAAGCUUCUCGGCGCCCAGCCCGGGCUCCGGGAGCGAACAGAAGGCGCACCUGGAGGAUUUCUACUGGAUGACCGGUUACCAACAGCAGCUCAACCCAGAGGCUUUGGGCUUCAGCCCCGAGGACGCGGUGGAGGCGCUGAUCAACAGCAGUCACCAGCUCCAGAGCUUCGACGGCUAUGCUAGAGGGCAGCAAUUCGCAAGCGCAGCCGGCGCUGGAGGCGCCAUGGCCGGCGAGGAGAUGGGAUCCGCCGCCGCGGUGGUCUCCGCGGUCAUCGCGGCCGCCGCAGCCCAGAACGGCGCGCCGCACCACCACCACCACCAUCACCACCACCCGGCGGGUCACCAUCCGACGCCCGGCGUGCAGUCCAGCGGCAACCCCGUCAGCCACCAGCACAUGCACCUGGACGAUCGCUUCUCGGACGAGCAGCUGGUGACCAUGUCCGUGCGCGAGCUCAACCGGCAGCUGCGGGGGGUCAGCAAAGAGGAGGUGAUCCGGCUCAAACAGAAGAGGAGGACCCUCAAAAACAGAGGCUAUGCCCAGUCGUGUCGCUACAAGCGGGUCCAGCAGAGGCACGUCCUGGAGGGCGAGAAGACCCAGCUGCUGCAGCAGGUGGACCACCUCAAGCAGGAGAUCUCCAGACUGGUGCGCGAGAGAGACGCGUACAAAGAGAAGUACGAGAAGCUCAUCAGCAGCGGCUUCAGAGAAAACGGAUCGAGCAGCGACAACAACCCGUCGUCCCCGGAGUUUUUCAUGACAUCACGAAAGUUUCUACACCUGUGAUAUGACCUCUGACCCCUGCCCUUUGCCCCUGCAGUCUGAGACAGUGUAACACUGGAAUGCUUCUGGCUUAGGGUGACCCACGGCUCCAAGACUGCCACAAAGCACAACCUCUCCAAAAUCCACCCCUGAUGAAGACAAUGAUGAGGAGGAGGAAGAUGAUGGAGGAUUGAGAGAAAUCAGAAACCCUUUAUCAACCUGAGUGCCAUUCCUCAGCCUUACCCACAAUCCCCAUCUACUGACUCUACCCUGAUUUUACAGUCAGAUGUCUCGCCAACAAUGAAAAACUAAUUAGGAAAGCCUUGAAACAUCCCUGCAUGCUU